GCGUAGCGGAGGCUCCACCUUUCAAGCAUUGCAGUGACCUCAGCAGUGGGCUGAAUUGAGCUGGGUGGGAUUUUCAGGCUCGUAUUCCCAAACGCGCAUUCAAGGAUCACGAUUUAACGGUGUAUGCGAAGGGACGAAUAGCGUUUCGCCGGCUUGUGCUGAACGGUGCGGGAUCGCGUUUGCAUGCAUCUUACGACAGGGAUCAAAUAAACGAGGAAUGUGGGAUUUACAGAAUGCCCAACAGCGUUGGAAAAAGAUUUAAACCCACCAAAUACAUCCCGGUGUCCACUGCCGCCACUCUUCUGGUGGGAUCCACUACUUUAUUCUUUGUUUUCACGUGUCCGUGGUUAACCAAGGCUGUCUCCCCUGUCGUGCCUAUAUACAAUGGCAUUGUCUUCCUCUUUGUGUUGGCCAACUUUAGCAUGGCCACCUUCAUGGAUCCAGGAGUCUUCCCCAGAGCGGACGAGGACGAAGAUAAAGACGACGAUUUCCGUGCUCCACUAUACAAAAACGUAGAGAUAAAGGGAAUUCAGGUGCGCAUGAAGUGGUGUGCCACAUGCCACUUCUACAGACCUCCGCGCUGCUCGCAUUGCAGUGUGUGUGACAACUGUGUAGAGGAGUUUGACCACCACUGCCCAUGGGUGAACAACUGCAUCGCCCGGAGGAAUUACCGCUAUUUCUUCAUGUUCCUGUUGUCUCUUAGUGUUCACAUGGUGGGCGUGUUUUCCUUCGGCCUGUUGUUCGUGUUAAACCAUUUGGAGAAGUUGAGCACACUCCACACAACUGUGACUCUGGUGGUGAUGUGUAUAACUGGGCUGUUCUUUAUCCCAGUUAUGGGCCUCACUGGAUUUCACAUGGUUCUGGUGGCCCGAGGACGCACCACAAAUGAACAGGUGACAGGAAAGUUCAGAGGAGGAGUGAAUCCCUUCACUCGUGGUUGCUGUGGCAACGUGAAACACGUCUUGUGUAGUCCACUCGCUCCAAGAUACAUUUCCGAUCCUAGGAAGAAAAGUCUCGUCACGGUCAAACCUCCGUUCCUCCGUCCUGACCUGUCUAUCCGCCACGUCACUGUAAAAGUCAGUGACAAUGGUAUCCAUAGCAACGUCUUACGAACCAAAUCCAAGACCAGUCUGGAUGAAAUGGAUGAUAAAAGUUUAGAUGUCCAGCCACCACUACCGCCCAAAGCAGACUGCUACAACCAGCUCAAGAGUCAACUCACCUCCAGUGAAGAGAGUUCCCUGUCCAGCAAGCCUACAAAUCCAUCCACCCCAGCAAUGUACAAAUACAGGCCAUCCUUCGGCACCAUGCCCAAAGUACACUAUCACGCAACAGGAGAGAAGAUCGUAAUGUCUGAGAAUGGUAAACCCUCUUCAGUUUUAGAGGAGAGAGUUCAUGAUUAUCGUUCUGAGCCAAAUCUAGAUCUGCCGGACUACCGCAGCGCUCCUCUCCAUCGAACAUACCAGUCCUCCCCUUUCCAGCUGGACUCCUUCAGCACCACAUCUCGCUCGUUCAGUCUUAAACAGGGAGUAAACAGGUCUGACCGUGUACCACUAGGGGGCGGCAAACCUGAAACGGUCACCUCCACCCCUCACAAUGGAGUCUUUUCUCCUGGAACCCUGUCUGGCCGUAACGGCAGUCUCUCCUACGAUAGCUUGCUGACCCCCAGUAUAACGCCAUCCGUGGGUGAGUGUGCCGCCCACCCGGGGGUCCCCUCUAUGGGAUUCCACUCACCUUAUCUGCCCACUAAAAUGUGCCAUGUGCGAGGGCCCGAGUAUCAGCGGCAUGCCAACCCCCCCUCCUAUAGCCCUGUGCAUGUAGGGGCGAUGUAUGGCCGCCAGUCCCCACACUCAAGAGAGCGUGAACGAGACCCCUCGCCCGUCCGUUAUGACAACCUCUCCAAAACCAUCAUGGCCUCCAUCCAGGAGAGAAAAGAGCUUGAGGAGAGAGAAAAGCUUAUGCACACCCAAGCAUACGCCUACGGCAAUGAUUCAGGUGUGUUUGACACCUGUUCUGGAACCGCCUAUGGACUUCCAUCCGGGGUGUGCUACACCGAUGGCCACAGAGGCCCUACCCCUCCCGUGUGUGGAUCUCGGGAUAACUUGAUAGGAGGGGUGGGAUACCCUCCCAGAACCCCCAUUCUUCGUUCAUCAGCCUCCUCGCUGGUCAGAGCGCCGAGGGCUUCCACAACGUCUCUCCACACAGAUGGAAGCAAUGGGGGAAGUAUGCAGGGCAGAAUAGGCGAGCAUCAUUAUCGCUCACCGAUGCACCAAUUGCAUCACUCCCCAACAACUGUGCCCCGUUCUCCCUCAUACACACAUCAGAAGGUUGCCUUCAUUAGCGCCCUGGAGAGGGCGGAGUCACCACAUAUGGGUACAAGAGAGGACCUCGGUCAAGCUAAAGUCAACGGACAGCUCAAGUACGGCCUAGCACGUGACUGCCAUCUAGGGACACCUUCCGGAACUCCACUGAGUCCCAGCAGACACACUAAUGUUAAAAAGGUCACAGGGGUGGGUGGAACUACAUACGAGAUCUCUGUUUGAUGGACAGCUGUAAGGAAAAGCACUGCCAUGGCAACAACACCUCCACUUGUGGUCAAGAAAAAUAGUAUUUUUACUAUAUAAACCUAAACUGACCAAUCAUGGUAGAAACAUGCAUAUGAGAUGGCCGGCAACUUUCCAUGUGUCUCAGUGUAAAAUAUAAGAUGCUUUGUUAAAGGAGCAUCGUGUGGAGCCUUUAGGACAUGUGUAGAUCACACAACAGAAAAUACUGGUUUUAUGGCUUAAAAUAGAAAUGUACAAAAACUUACAGUUAAGGGCUGAAUAUGUGUUGUGGGUUCAAUUGUUUGUGUAUAUAAAAGGUCAAUUAUUGAAUGCAAAGGUGCUCAGUAUGCCAUCUUUCUGGUCUCAUAAACACACUUGAAUGUGAGUGUAUAUGUACAUGUUACAUGCCCAAAUGCCAUUACUAGUAUAUUUCAGGCAUGAUACUGAAUUAACAAUCAGGGUUAUUUUUUCCAACGUCAUCCCAAACCCAGUUGUGAGACCCCAAACAAACUGUAACAGCACUUGUGUACUAUUUAAAAACCCAUACAGAAGUUUAUUUUUAGAUAUUGUCAUUAAAAAUUUUCUAAAACUUCAAGCUGCCAUAGUCAUAAAACAUAUGUGUAUAUGGAAUAAUAAAAGAUAAAAGGUUAGAAUGUUGACUGGGUGGAUACUGGAUAUUAUUUGUUUUUUAUUUGUAAAAGUAUUUUACAGUGGAAGGUAUAGCGUGAGUACUGAAUUUAUAAACAAACACACCACUGUGUAUUAGCAGUACUUUCUGAAGCCAUAUGUGAUCGUAUCUGUACAUUGAUGAUGUUCUUCAUCUUUCAACAAACAUGGAAGAUCUUGUUGCCUUUUUAAGUUUUGAAGAUUAAUUAUUCAGAUGUACUACAUUUAAGGUCCACAAGUUAUUUUAUUUUUUUCUAUUAAUGAUAGAAUAAAAGAAUGAUUAUUUGUGGCUUUAUUCCAAAAGGACUAUGUGAGUCAACACUUGAGUUCUUUUUAUUUUAUAACUUGUGAUUUUUUUCUUUCGAUAGUUACAAUGUCAGAUUUUAUACUGAAGUUAUACAUCAGAAGUGGGUGUUUGUGUUUUGGGUGAAUAUGUUUUUUAAACAUUUUAUAAUUUAUUUGUACAAACUAGUAUGUGUUGUCAUUUUUGAAGUGUGAAAGUAGUACUUUCUGUUUUCAGCAUAGUUUAAGAACAUUGAAUGCGAACGAUGUGCAGUUUUAGGUUCAUUUUAAGGGGACAAAAAUCAGGGCAAAAAUACUUUGUUAUUGGAAUGCUGGAUCCAUUUGAGAUCUUCUGAAUUUAAAAGUAUAUUAAUAAUAAUUGAAAACUUGACACAUGAAAACAAUAGCUGAUAAUUGCUUCUUAUUACCUUUUCACAUCAUUUAAUUCUUAAAUACACAAUGCCCUUGUAAUAAACACUGACAAGGGAUUUUUAUUGUGGAUUAAAUUGGAGAGUUUGUUAAACCUCUCACCUUUCCUUUCAAUUUUAACAGUUGAUGUAAAUUAUAAUAAAUUUUGAUUUGAUUCAAUUCAACAGUGGGGCAAUAUAGGAAGCUAGAAGAAUCCUCCAAACUAAAGUUGUCUGUAUAAAAAAAGUGUAUUGUGUUUUGACAAAGUGUAAUGAUCACAUUUAAAAAGAGGAAAUGUAUUAAGGGUUGAUAUGUUUUGAUUGAACAACAUGUUUCUUUAUGAGCACUCGUUGGCUUUUAAUUAGGUUAAGCAAUCGUUUUGACUUCAUGGAGAAGACAAAGUUUUAGGGGGAUUUAAAAGAGUCUACAAAAUGAUUGUCAUUACUUAAAUCUUGUAAACUACAAAAAAAAGAAAUUCAUGAACAGCACAGCACAAAACUUAACACUGUGCCCUGUUUCAUGAUUAUUAUAGGGAGCAUUUUGGAAUUAACUGUUGAUCGUGUAGAUGUCUUGAAGACUGAAGAACCAUAUGUAUGAAAAUGACCCUUCAGAUGACUCGUCAAGAAAUUUGUUUGUGAUUUCUCCACAGAUCUUCCUUAGGAGUCCAUGACAGUUUGAUCCAUGUGAAAAAUCCUGGAAUAAAAUGACUUGGAAAAAAGGGUUUCAUUCAACCAAUUGAGAUAUUUUAGGGUAAGGAUUCACAUCUAUAUUUUAUACCUUGAGCCAAUGAAAAAUAAAUCACUUUAUUAUUUUUUAUUGGCUCAAGUUAUAAAAUAUAGAUGUGAAUCCUUACCCUAAAAUGUUUUAAUUGGUUGAAUUAUACACAUUUUUCAGGGUGCUCCUUGAUGAUGUGCAUACAAUUAAUGUUUAUGGAAAGGCCUUAACAGAUCUUUGAGCUCCAUUUUUGUAAACAUUUCACUGGUCAAAUGGCACCAUGGCUCCUGAUGGUGAAGUGCUAUUUUUAUCACUCCCGCUGUCUGGCACAGCGUCACCUCCUGUUUAAAAGAAACGUGUACAGUAAAAAUACAACUACGGGACUUCUUUCUGUGACUGAGUAUUUCGUUUUGAUGAAAUGAAGACAUUAUAGUUUCAUAUUAAGGUACAUCUAUUAUUUUUGUUCAUCAA